GUUAUGUAGUGUUUCUAGACAUGACGUUGACGGUUGAUGCGGUUGGAAUAUCAGUUUUAAUUUUAGAGAAAAAGAAAUUAUUUAUUAAGUAUUUUAUGCCGGUUGAGGUCAGAAACCAAAAUGACUGAUUCAGCUUUGAAGAAACAAGAUUUAUCUAACCUGGAUGUCACGAAGCUGAGUGCUUCAUCACCAGAAGUUAUCAGCAGACAAGCCACAAUCAAUAUAGGAACGAUUGGUCAUGUAGCCCACGGAAAAUCCACUGUUGUGAAAGCUAUAUCGGGCGUUCAAACUGUUCGAUUUAAAAAUGAACUCGAAAGAAACAUUACCAUAAAAUUAGGGUAUGCCAACGCUAAAAUAUAUAAAUGUGAUAACGAGAAAUGUCCCCGACCUACGUGUUAUAUCAGCGGAGGAUCGUCUAAAGAUGAUUCUUUUCCUUGUACCAGACCAAAUUGUUCUGGGCGUUUUCAAUUAGUCUGCCAUGUAUCUUUUGUGGAUUGCCCAGGUCACGACAUUCUUAUGGCAACUAUGUUGAACGGCGCUGCUGUAAUGGAUGCUGCUUUGUUAUUAAUUGCUGGCAAUGAAUCUUGUCCUCAACCUCAAACCUCCGAGCAUUUGGCAGCCAUUGAAAUCAUGAAAUUGAAGCACAUCAUUAUGUUACAAAACAAAAUCGAUCUAGUGAAGGAAAGUCAAGCCAAGGAACAACAUGAACAGAUCUUGAAAUUCGUGCAAGGAACUGUUGCUGAAGGUGCUCCUGUAAUCCCUAUUUCUGCUCAACUGAAAUACAAUAUUGAAGUUUUAUGUGAAUAUAUUACAAAAAAGAUUCCAAUACCGCAACGUGACUUCACUUCUGCUCCCCGUCUUAUUGUUAUUCGAUCAUUUGAUGUCAACAAACCAGGAUGUGAAGUGGAUGAUUUAAAGGGUGGAGUGGCUGGAGGAAGUAUAUUGAGAGGAGUUCUCAAAGUUGGUAUGGAAAUCGAAGUACGACCUGGCUUGGUAUCUAAGGACAGCGAAGGAAAAUUGACUUGCAAACCUAUAUUUUCAAAAAUUGUUUCGUUAUUCGCUGAACAAAAUUCUUUAGAAUUCGCUGUACCUGGUGGUUUGAUAGGUGUUGGUACAAAAAUUGAACCCACUUUAUGCAGAGCUGAUCGAUUAGUUGGCCAUGUACUAGGAGCUGUAGGUACUCUACCCGAUAUUUUUAUCGAAUUGGAAAUAUCUUAUUAUUUAUUAAAACGAUUGCUGGGAGUUCGAAUGGAAGGAGAGAAAAAAGGAGCUAAGGUACAAAAAUUAUCAAAGAGCGAAGUACUAUUGGUUAACAUAGGAUCAUUGUCGACUGGUGGCCGUGUGAUUGCUGCGAAAGCUGAUAUGGCGAAAAUCAGUUUAACUAAUCCCGUUUGCACAGAAAUUGGAGAAAAAAUUGCGCUCAGUCGAAGAAUAGACAAACAUUGGAGGUUAAUUGGAUGGGGAGAAAUUCGUCGGGGGGAGACGAUAGAACCGAUAUCGUAGCCAGUUUCAAGAGUUAUUUGUUUGAUUUCUGCUGUAAGUUUUCUAACCUGCAUCGAUUUUCUUUGAAUAAACUCAACAAUAAAUUAUUAAAAAGUGGAA